ACAAUAAAGAAAAUAAUCUUCGAUUAUUAUAGCAAUUCUCUAUCUACUAAUAAAAAUCAAAUAUUAAAUCACUGCAGGAGAGCAUAACCUUCGAUUCAUUUUGUUGCCGGAAAUAAUUCAUGCUCAAAGUACUAGACAUGAAUUACAAAGUACGCCCAGAUGUUUCAUAGCAGCCGGUGUGAGACGUGCAUGCAAAACCAGAAAAGGAUGCUUCGAUUUUCAUACUGUUGAAGGCACGAGUGAGCGCGGGUGCAUUGAUCAGAUUGAGAAAAUCAUAGCCACAAAACCAGAACUCCGUAUGCUUUCUAUUUGCACAAACAAGAUAUGGGAGAACUCGAAUAAACCAGUACGCUGCAUAGCUGUAAGUGCGAUUGCAACACAGAGAAAUGUUACAUUCACUGAGGGAGUUCUCUGUUGCUGCCGAUCAACCUGCAUGGCGACUGACAAUGAUUCUUAUGUGCAGAUAGAUGACGGAUACCUCCCGUUUGAAAUGUGA